GUGGGGGAAUGUCGGAUUGGAUUUUGCAGAGGAAUCUGCAAUGAGGAUUUGCUGUGUAGAUUGGGAUUUCCACUUGAAAUGAGGUUAUUUGAAAAUGCAUUCUGGCCACUUGAGCUGAGACGCGAGUAUCUCUCGAGUGGAGAUCACUGGUGCACUGAGAUUUUGUCGAUAGACAUAAAGGCCAGUUGGGAGCAGAAAAGUUUGUGCGCAGAAAUCACGAUCAUCUUCGAUCGCUUAUCUAAAAUAAGAUUAUUACAUGGCGGGUUUUUCAUGGUCCCAUGUGCGAGUAAAGGCGCGCGCAGGAAAGUCAGGCAAGAGACUCCUAAGUAAACAAAUUUUUCCUCCUCAAUGGAAUAUUGAGAGUGAAAAGUCGGAGAGAACGAUGAAGAUUGAGGAGAAUUGAGUCGACAGUUGAUUUUGCCUUUUCGCACUGAGUCUCCCAUUCUAUGAAAAAAAGGCCCCCAAUCGUCAGUUUUACAUAAUUUUUCAGUCAGUUUUCGACGUCGGGGGAAAAAACGUGUGAAAAAUUUGAUGUGAAGUGAGAGGUGUCUUAAAACCAGAGGGGCAAAGAAAUAUUUUCACUUUAAUAAUUUGACUAUUAGUUUGCGUGGACCUAUCUCCUCGCACUCAUUUUACGCAUUGGGUGUGAAGAAAAAGUCUCCGUGGAAAGCUGUGAAGUGAAAAAGAACGUCCACCUCAGAGUUAAAAAGCCAGAAUGAGAUGGUUGGAAAAGUGUGUGAAAAUGUGUGAUCAAAUAUAGGGCACAAGAUGCCUAUUUAUAAUUGCGAUGAAAAACCAUUUUUCCGGAAUGACUCUUGAGGAGUAAAACAUCAUCCUGAGAACCAUCAUCGCUGCGAGGCAAAAAAUGUAGGGAAAAUCGUGUGGAAUGCUAUAAAGAAAAAUAAUUAUAUAUAUUUUAGAGUGAGAGUGUGAAACAGAUGAAACCACACACAUCGCAAUCAAUUGGAGAGAUUGAUAAAAUUGUACAAGUCCAACUUUUCGCACCAGAACCUUCUCAAUCCACCCACCCUCCUCAAUAUGCUCUAAAUCCAAUGUGUUUCCAUUGUGUUAUUGUAUUCGAUGCCCAACAUUUUCCACCAAGAGGUCCAAGUGAGAGUCACAGAGGCCACUCCAACAAUUUCACUAUACUUUUUUCUAAUUAUAUUCCUUGUGCCUCAAUUCCUUCCCAAUUCUCUAACGUGACAUCCAUUAAGCUCAUAUCAAUUUUAUCAAUUUCCCAAUUGAUGAUCCCCAAAUUACUGGCCAUUUGACGCCGCUGCGACUCUCAUUAGGCGCAUUUUCAGCGUCUGCUUAAUUUUAUCGCCUUCGCAGUGCGGCGUCGAUGCGUGGUGUUUAUUUUGUCGUUAAUGAGCAACACGUCUUUCUCACUUUCAGCCGCACUCGCCGUUCGCACACCCUCCAGCUCGGACGUUCGCCCCCAGCCUCAGGAUGCUCCGCGAACGCCGGCGACAUGCCAACUUUAAGCCCAACCGAAGGUUGGACAGAAAGUCUUCGAGGGGCAUGAUCUUUGAGAAUGAGGAGCUUCGUUUGCGCACAAUCAACAUAAAUGCCGAAGUGGAGCGUGGUCAGUCGGAUAUUCGGAAGUUGAGAAGAGAGAAUGAUCAGCUGAGGCGGGAGAUUUGGUGCUUGAGAGACGAAUAUGAUCGCUUGGAUAAAUUGCUGAGGCAGAAUCUCAAGGAGGGGGGAAAGAAUGUCAGUGAUUCUGAAGACUCGGGAGAAUCUUGUGAUACUUGUGGUGAGGAGGAUGAUGAAGCAAUUGAGGAGGAAGAAGAGGCAGAGGAGCCUCAGGAAGGAGUUGAGACCACGGAAAAUGAACAGAAUAAUCUCAAAGCGAAUCUUCAUGUUAAAUUUGAUCACUUAUCCAUUGUUUCUGAAGAAAAUCUCGCUUGCAGUGGUUCUAGUUCAUCUCACACUUCUCCACUGCAUCAGUCAGCUUUUUCUGCCCUUUCACCUCCAGAAACCCCCGAUCUGCCCAAGAUUCAUGAUUUACAGUCCGUUGGUCCUCCCCUGUCGCAUUUUGAAAAUAUCUUCUCGUCAAUUCCAUAUGAAGACAUUGAGAAGUGCAUAGAGAAGCCAGUGACUGAAACGGCAAUUCCCAGACUAGAGGUGCCACUUCAGAGUGCCACCUCUGAGGGUAGAAAGUCACCUAAUGUCCCAAGAAAUUUCCAGUCUGGUGGAAAUCUCGAAGAUCUUCUUCAGGACAUUGAAGUUCUCUCUCAAGGUAUUCUUCAGAUGCAAAAUCAGACGAGAGAAGGUGCACCAUCGACUAAUCCUGAAACACCCAAGAUGACAAAGUAUAGAUCAGAGGUAAAUUUGGUCUUGUCUACAGGAGGACAAGAGACCGAAGAGGCUCAGAAACCUGAUAUCAUUCUAAUGCAGAGUGAGAUAAAACCACCGGAACCCAUGCCAAUUCUCUCUGCUCUCUAUCCGCAUCAGCCAGAGCGGAGAAGUAUCCUUCAGCAACAAAAGGCAGUUUCAAAAGAUAAUUCCUUCGAUACCAAUAUGAUUCUGGCACAUUUGCCCAGUAUCUCCAGUCACAUUCUCACUCCUAAAAUUCUCAAUUCGGAUGAUGGGCCAAGUAGUAGUUCAGGAGAGAAUAGAGGAAAAAGUACAAUGGCAGAAGCCCACGAGACACAAGGGGCAUCAGAAGGGGAGAAGAAUAAGGAGAAAACAUCAAAUUGCCCAUCAUCCGAAGACAGCCGACGAAAAACUCGGCGAGUAUCGUUGUACUUUAAUGGGAAGAAGAAUGAGGAACCUCUAGUCAAGGAGGCCUCCAAUGCUGCUCCCCCUAAAGUUGCCCUUGGCUUUGAACGAAUCAGUGGGGAGUCUUCGAGUGCUACUCCAGCUCCCGGACCCUCUACUGCGCCCACUGAGGAGCCACAGCGGAAAACCCACCGGAAGAAUAGUGAAGUGCCCAAGCACAAAUCCAAGAAGCGCUCCCAUCGCAACUCCGAUCGUAACUCCCACAACACACCGUCUGAUGAUGCUCUGGCUUUUAUGACGGGAGAGAGAAAUAGCGUAGCCUCAUCCAGGGAGUCUUCUGCUAGUGCCAGCACACGCUCGCAGAAGUCCAGACGCAUCUCCAUCAACUCCCAUGCUGGUGGAAAAAUUCCCUGGUGCGCCUGCUGGGGCAACGGAUGCAUCUGAUGAGGGGUUCGGGAGCUGGGAGUGGGUCACUGUUGGUGAGUGCUGUGUUCAUGAGGAGUCUGUCUGUAUGUGUGAAUAGGGAAAAGCGUGUGAUUAUCUGUAAAUGUUCAAAUUGUACUUGAAUCGUUUGGUCAAUUAAAAUUACUUUUUCAACAACUUC